AUGGAAGAAGAACAUCGACAUCUCGCUAAACCCAAAUAUGGGUUUCUUCGACAUCUCAAUCAUACUCAGCCCCGUGAAGAAGAAGAAGAACAGUCGAUUCACCAACAGCGAAGUCUCUCUUGCUGCUACGGUCUAAGGGAAAACCCGAAGAAGAAAACCCAGAAAUCUCCAGAAUCGAUGAAGAAGACCUUGCUGCGAUGCGGAGAAUGUGGGAAAGGGUUUCGGUACGAGAAAUGUCUCUCGAAUCAUCAAGCGGGAAUGCAUCUGUCGACGACAAAGCAGAGGGUUUAUGAAGAAUCGAUCAAGAGUCUUUGUAGUAGCUUCAGUCUUGUAACGAAGAAGAAGAGAUCGCCAGUUACAAGGUACAAGAAGACUCCAUCGUCUUGCUCGUUUACUAGGUUUCUUGAAUCGCCGCCUUCUGUUUAUGCUGAGAACGAUGAAGAGUUAGAAGUGGCAGAGUGUUUGAUUCUUUUGUCUAAGAGUAGUCCCAAGCUUGUAGCAGACGGAAUGAAACUUGUUGGUGAAGCAAUGGAUGCUGCUACUCCUGAGAGGUCUAGAGAUGGCUUGAGCAACAAGAAACCACGAAAAGCUUGUGAAUUUGAAUCUGGGUUUUUCAGUAAUGAGGAAGAAGGGUUUAGUAGUUAUGAAACAUCGACAGAGCUAGCUAGUUUCUUGGGAGAGAUUAAGAAGCUCCGUCAGCAGAAAUGGAGAAGAGUUGGUGAAUUUGAAUCUGAGUUUGCGAGUAAGGAGCAGAAACUUUUGAAAGAAGGGGUUUUUACUGAUGGGUGUGAAUUGGAACAGCGUUAUCUGCGAGAAUCUGGAGCUAUGGAGGAGUGUUAUGAUUCAGAGACGGAGAUGGUUAGAGAAUCUGAUGCGAAGAGCGAUGAGCAUCAAUGCAGGCUGUGCAAGAAGAUAUUCUCGUCGUACCAAGCUCUAGGUGGUCAUCAGACGCUUCAUCGGAUGAGUAAAUGCAAGAGAAAGAAGGAUUGCAGCGAAGAGCCUGGGGAGGAUGAGUCUGUGACUGUGAAGAAUGAGAAGAAGAGGUACAAGUGUAGCAUCUGUUCAAAGCUUUUCAGGUCGGCUCAUGCUUUAGGUGGUCACAAGAAAUGUCACGGCAAGAGAGAAAAGUUGAAAACAGAUGAUGAUGAUCGUGAGGAUUUGGGGAUUGUCAGUGUCGUUCCUGUUACUGCUGGAGUCGAGUUUUACUAA